AUGGAUUAUGAUGAGGCUGGUAGCUAUUUACUAGGUCUUGGUGACGAGCAUGAGAGGGAUCAGGAGCAAGAUCAGGACCAUGAACACACCGACGAGAAGGCCAUCAAUGAAGAAUACAAGACAUGGAAGAAGAAUGCGCCGUUCCUCUACGAUAUGAUCCUGAGCACGGCAUUAGAAUGGCCCACCCUUACAACCCAGUGGUUGCCGGACAAGCAAGAGGUCCCGGACAAGCCGUACUCCACCCAUCGUCUUCUUAUCGGCACACAUACUACCGGCGAAGCGCAGAACUACCUCCAGAUUGCCGAAGUGCAGCUUCCGAAUCCCCAUGUUCCAAACCCUGAAGAUUAUGACGAAGACAAGGGAGAGAUCGGUGGCUACGGUGGAAAUUCAAAGAAGCCCCAAAUGGAGAUCAAGUUCAACAUCGUUCAAAAGAUUGACCACAAGGGCGAGGUCAACAAGGCCCGGUACCAACCACAGAACCCCAACAUCAUUGCGACUAUGUGCACGGAUGGCCGUGUCAUGAUCUGGGAUCGCUCUAAGCACCCUAGUCUACCCACUGGCAGUGUCAACCCUCAGAUGGAGCUCCUCGGACAUGAAGCUGAAGGUUUCGGUCUCAGCUGGAACCCUCAUGUGGCCGGCCACCUUGCCACUGGUAGCGAGGAUAAGACUGUUCGACUUUGGGAUAUCACCACGUAUACCAAGGGCAACAAGGCAGUCAAGCCAAGCCGUACCUUCACUCACCACUCCUCGAUCGUGAACGACGUUCAGCACCACCCUCUCCACUCCUCUCUCAUUGGAACUGUUUCCGAUGAUAUCACGCUCCAGAUUCUUGAUACCCGUCAAGAUGACUCUACUCGCUCGGCUUCCUCCGCCGAGGGCCAGCACCGCGAUGCUAUCAACUCGAUUUCCUUUAACCCCGCCUCCGAGACCAUUUUGGCCACCGGUUCAGCCGACAAGACCAUUGGCAUCUGGGAUCUGCGCAACCUGAACCAGAAGCUACACUCGCUUGAGGGCCACACCGACUCGGUCCAGUCUAUCUCGUGGCAUCCGUUCGAAGAAUCGGUCCUGGCCAGUUCCGGCUACGAUCGCAAGAUUAUGUUCUGGGACCUUAGCCGAGCAGGCGAGGAACAGACCCCCGAAGAUGCCCAAGAUGGGCCACCAGAGCUGCUGUUCAUGCACGGUGGGCACACGAAUCGUAUUUCAGACUUCAGCUGGAACCUCAGCGAUCCCUGGGUUCUGUGCUCUGCGGCUGAGGAUAACUUGCUGCAGGUCUGGAAGGUGGCAGAUGCCAUUGUGGGUAAGGAUCUCGACGAUGUUCCCACUGAAGAGAUCGAGGCGUAA